AUGACUUCGUUUGAUCCGUACCAGGAUGCUCAGCUAUACAUAUCUACAGUGAGACUGUUUACAUCUGCCACUGAAUCUCAAUUGGCUGGCCAGUUCCAACUCGUCAAAUCAGCUAUCACAAACAGCAAUCCAUAUUACAACACCACUCAUAAUUUAUUAAAUGUCUUGCUAGUGAAUACAUAUCCUGGGACUGUUCCAUAUUCGUCUAUCUACAACCUUGCACAACUCAUAGUCAAUGAGUCAGAACCAGUUGAAGGUGUAUUUGUCGAACAAUUUACGACCAUACCGAAUGAAACGUCCCUCGUUGCUACCGCCAAUGAUUUAUUACAUGACAUAAACUCAACCGCAAACUCUCUUGGAUUCAACUACAACAUCUCAUUAUCAAAAGAUGAAAGCUUGCUACAUUUCUUGCAAGCCAAAGCUCUACACUUGAGCCAAUUUCACAAUGCAGUCGAUGAAAUUGACACGCUUUUCGAAAAUGCCCAUUUUGACGAACUUCGUCGGUGGUACAAGGGUGUGCUUAGACCAUAUAACCACUACUGGAUCCAUUAUGCUAUGGCUUACCAAGCUAAUUAUGCACUGCUUCGAGAGUACUUGUUGGCGAGAACUUUGAAGGCUAAAUUUGACAUAUUCAUUGCCCCAUUGAGUUCCAAUGAAGUCAGAGGCACCGAAUCUUGGCUCAAAUCGACAAUAUUGCCCCUAUUGGAAUAUUUUGAAUUUGACUUGAGUAUAUUGCAAAGUUGGAUGUUUCAUGACGAGCAUAAGGGGUCGGUUUUUAGAAAGUAUGAGCUUUGGCGUGAUUCGAUAAAGUUGAUUUCGGGGAAAGUGGAUUCAUCGGCAUCAUUGAAUGGGUUGAUAAGGGAGUAUCUUGCAUCGUGUUAUUACAAUGCACUCAAUGGCGAACCUGCGACCGUUUCUUCUAUUGAGUUGACAAAGAUAUAUGAUAUUAUUAUUGAAACAUUGUCGUACUUUCCGGAACAAGACGAUUCUUCACCACCAAGAGUAGAUGUGCAAGACCUUGCACAUUUCGACAACUUUGACGCUUUUCUACAGGAUAGUAACCCCUUGUCAUCGUUGUUCAACCCCACUCAAACGCAUUUCUUAAUUCAAGCUUUAAAAACUUGUCAACGAUUAUACCCAUUGAACAAACUCACAUUGAAAACAUACCUCGAAUACAAAUUCAACAUUGGCGCAGUAGAUCUCCAGAAAGAGGUUGCUGUUAUCACGUCAAGUAUAUCCAGCUCAAAUUGGGAACAAUUGAUCCAUUUGGUUCGUGUUUUUGAAGACGAGUUUGUUACCAGUGAUCAAAAGCCUGCUGUUGAUUCUGUUCUAUUGGAAAGACUUUUAAGUGCAAAUUUGCAUCAGGUUGUUAAUACACUUUACGAAGAUGGAUAUUUCCAACUUGCGCCGCAAAAGAUUUAUGAUUUAGUAGUGGAGACAUUUUGGGAAAGAUUUAAUCAAGCGACAAAUUUCAAUGAAAAUAUUGGGUCGUUGCAUCAUGCCAAACAACUUUUCGAGCUUCUUGAAAAGUUAUCACGCUCUAAUGGGUUGAGCGAACGGAGUCGCAGAGACAUUGUUCGUUACAAGCAUCUCUUCAGAGCAAUAAACUCCAUCAAGAAUUUCAAGUUGGUUUAUGACAAGAGGAAACCAUUCACGCCAAAGGAUUUACUACAAUCUUCGACCGAUGGAGAUCAAAAGCAUGAACAACAAUGUAUUACACUAGCAAUGAUGAUCCUCGAAUAUAAUCCAAAAUCAUACUUGGCAUUUGAAAAAUUGUUUCGUGUUUUGAAUGACUUGUUGUUGUAUUUUAAUGAGGACGAAUCAGAGCGAUCUGAUACCAACGGAUGUUUCAAUAGGUUGAAAAGUGCUUGUAUUGAGAGUGCGUUGAUUGAUAACAAUUUCCCUUACGCUUACAAGCAAAGCAUGGAAUUGAUUGAUCAUUUCUCAAAAUCACCUAGCAUUGAUGAGUUUUGGCUCACUUUCUACCAAGUGGGGAAAUACGUGUCACCAAAUUGGAUCGAUGAGGAAGGUGAAGCUGAUAAAUUGGAAACCAUGAUCAAACAGAGGGAAAUAUUGUCACAGACUUUGCAAAAGAUUGAUUGUGAUGGGCAUGUAAAGAUUGUCUUGGAUCAAUGGAAUAGGCUUAAUGACCAGAUUGAGAAGGACAAUGUGGAUUUUGAUAAGCUCAAAUUUGCUGGGUUUGAAAAUAGGACUGAUUUGAAAGGACCAGUUGUGAGUCAAGUUGAACUAAACAUGGCUAGACUCCCUGAUAAGGCUGGUGAAAAGUUGUCCAACUUGUUUGUUUCUGGAUUAGGAUGGGCUAUAGGUGCAAAUAAGUAG